ACCCCCAUGUUCACUUGAGAAAAGAGCCGAGGAGGUCACUUAGAGUAACGUCUGGUGCGUGAAUUCUAUUUUUAUGUAAAUAUAUCUAUCCUCUUGUUUUUAAAAAAUAUCUAGCUACACCAAGAGGUCUCGGUCAGACUGACAGAUUUUUUUGUGCGACCGAAAAAUACGCAUAACAUAAACGCUUGUCGCAAAUUAGUUAAAGACAUGCAAGCUAUUCGCCACUGCGGGGUGUGUUUGGCUGGGGGACGUUUACAAAGUCGGACAAGCUUCCUGCAGCCCGCCACCAACAUGGCGGCACACAGGAGUGUAGCAUGUGUUGGUUUUCUCAGGAACGCUGCCAGAGUGUUGGGUGGUAGCAGGUCCACGCGCCAGCGCGUGCCUCGGCUCCCCAUGAUCGUUCGGAAAAACUGGAUAUCGCUGAGUGUAGGUGGCGGCCUAUGCUCCGUCCCCUUUUCACAGCAAGUGGAAAACCUUUCCCACGAAGCCCUGAUCCGUAGGGCAUCUUCCCUGGUGACCGACAGCACCAACACCUACCUCUCCCAGACCACACUUGCUCUUGUGGAGUCCCUUACACAGUACUCAAAGGCUCUGCACACGCUUAUCGCUCUGCAGAAGCGAUACAUGAACUCAAUGGGCGCGCUCACUCCCGCGGAGGAGGACUCUAUUUGGCAAGUGAUCAUUGGCCAGCGUGUGGAGGUGGGUGACAGGCUAGACGAAUGUAAGCGAUUUGAGGCAAACUGGAUGAACGCCAUCAACCUCUGUGAGCUGGCAGCCGAGGCAGCGUAUAAUUCCGGUGUGGAGCACGCCUCCAACACCACAAGGUUGAACCUGCAGGGGGCGCAGUCUCAGGUGGAGCAGGUGCGCAAGCUCUCCCUGGACGCAGAGAGGAAGCUGUCUGAGACCAAGGUCAAGGAGAUCCAGAGGAUGGCGGCGUUGGCCGACGCCAUGGAGAGAAUGACGGAGGAUAUCCCAGAGGCCUACUUUCGAGAAGAUUAGCAUCUUACCUACCCUGUUCAGAUCUACCUACGGGAAGACACUCAACCCACUGCUUUUUGUCCCCUCAUGUCUAUGAGAACACUAACUGAUUGACCCCUUUCUGUUAGUUUCGGAGAAAACAAUGAGGAAAAUGGAGAUAUUACCUCAGGUUCUUUGUAGAACUAUUUGUUAUAAAUGGGUUGAAUGCUAUAAAGUUAUCUGUUAAGUUUGGACAGAUAUUGUGACUGUAUGGAAGUGAGAGCAAUUUUCUAGUGUUUGUGUGUCUUAGACACCCAUACAUCCUGACACUAGUUGAUUCCAUCCUCUUGCUUAACCUGCCUCAUGAUGGUCCUCAAUGAAGUUCUUGCUUUUUAAGUGAAUUCUGAACUUUGCAGUGAAAGAUAAGGAGUAUUCUUCAUAUUACUGCAGGAAUGAAUCUGUAGUUUUGAAAGUUGAACACCUAAUCGAGUGUCUCCUUCAAUAUCUGACCACGCACAGGGACACAAGGUGAACUAUUUGGAGAUGGAUCUGUAUGAGUAACCUGAGAAUGGAAAGUUAUCUCUGAUCAAUUUUGGAAUAGCAUGGACUUUAAAGGUGAUAAGAUUUUAAUAUAGGUUUCUUAUCUAAUUGUUUCCAAAAUUGUGUGCUUGCACAUCACAGAGAAUAUGAUGAAUCCUGUUUGUGAUGAAUCAAUCAAUGAAUCAAUCUGUAAAUUCAGGUUGAAUGCAUCUAUUGUAAUUUUAAUUUGGUGGGGCUGUGUAUAGCAUAGUUUAGGCAACUGGGCUAGUGACUUUAAGGUCAUAGAUGCAUUUCCCCGGUAGGACACUGCCGUUGUGCCCUUGAGCAAGGUGCUUCACCUGAAUUACUUAUAUAUAAGUAAGAAAUAUCUGCUUGUGUAGAACGGAUUGUAUGUAAAGAAUGUGAGCUGUGUAUGUCCCUGAAUAUGCGUCUGCCAAAUGUAAAAGGCCAAAUACUCAAAUCGUAUUUACCGAAUACUAAUGUCUGUAACCGUAGGGCUUACUCCCAUGCAUGUACGACGUGUAUAUAAAACCCACUGUUGGAGGAUUCUGCCGUUUAAUUGUAUUUCUGUUUUAAGAGUGGAUUUAGAAAGGUGCCUCCUUUCUUGUUAAAUAUCAAUCAAGUAUUUAAGUAUGCAAUUGAUUGAAUAUCAAAUAAAUUAUAUUUUCUUAAA